AUGUACAAGCCGCUACUAUUACGAUCCGCUAGGCAAUCCUCUUUUGCGAUCCGCCCUUUGGCGGCAAGAGGAUAUGCAGCUCACGCUACCCCACAACCCUUCAAUUGGGAAGAUCCUUUAAACGCACAGAGUCUUCUGACGGAGGAAGAAAUAGCGAUUCAAGAAACGGCAGAGGCAUAUUGUCAAGAACGCAUGCUGCCUAGAGUCCUCCAGGCCUACCGAGACGAACACUAUGAUAAAAAGAUACUCGAGGAGAUGGGAGAGCUUGGUCUCCUAGGUGCUACAAUCCAAGGAUACGACUGUGCGGGCGUUUCCAACGUGGCUUCUGGACUUAUCACCAAGGCCGUUGAACGAGUGGACAGUGGAUAUAGGUCUGGCAUGUCAGUACAGUCUUCACUGGUCAUGGGAGGGAUUGACGAGUUUGGUACACAAGAACAGAAGGACAAAUUUCUCCCUAAAAUGGCCAAGGGUAAAUUGUUGGGUGCCUUUGGUCUCACAGAGCCAAAUCAUGGCAGUGACCCAGGGUCCAUGGAGACGACAGCGAAACCCCAUCCCACGAAGAAGGGCUAUCUCUCUUUGUCAGGCUCGAAAACAUGGAUUACCAACUCCCCAAUAGCAGAUGUCUUGUUGGUAUGGGCGAAGCACCAUGAGACGGGGAAAAUCAGAGGAUACUUGGUUGAAAGGUCCGAGUGUCCACCCGGAACACUAGAGACGCCUGCACUCAAAGACAAAAAUGGACUGCGAGCGUCUCUGACCGGCAUGAUUCAGCUGGACGAAUGUCCAGUUCCGGAAGCCAAUAUGUUCCCUGAUGUCGAAGGGCUUCGAGGCCCAUUUACGUGUUUGAAUAGCGCCAGAUAUGGUAUUGCAUGGGGGAUCACUGGUGCGUUAGAGGACUGUAUAUCUCGAGCGCGGACCUAUGCGCUCGAAAGGAAGCAGUUCAAAGGCAACCCUAUUGCCAAAUACCAACUGGUACAGAAGAAGUUGGCUGAUGCGACCACUGAUGCCGCGUUUGGGACAAUUGCAUGUGUCCAAGUUGGCAGACUGAAGGACAAGGGCUUGGCGGCGCCAGAGAUGAUCAGUAUGAUCAAAAGACAAAAUUGUGAUCGUGCACUGUACAACGCACGAACGCUACAAGAGAUCUUUGGGGGCAAUGCGGUAAGCGAUGAAUAUGGGAUUGGAAGACAUGUGGCGAAUCUGUUUGUGACUCAAACAUACGAGGGGCAAAGCGAUAUCCAUAGUGGUUCGUCAAGCUCGCUAAAUCUCUGCGCCUACCCCAUAGACCGAUUUGGCGCCAGCAAUCCAUUCCUGACGCCGCGCCGAUUCACCAUUCGUUCUACAUCUACAAAACCCUUCCGUCUUCCAACCACCUUCCAACUCCCAUCACCCGUUUACAUCUGCCACACUCACUUCAACUUCGUCCAGUUUGCUCCGCCUCGACCUCAACACUCGAAGAGUGCAUCUACAACAACUUUCAAGUUCGGCCUCAUAAAUACAAUGGCGUUGAAGAGAAUCAACAAGGAACUCACGGAUUUGGGCCGUGACCCACCGUCUUCCUGCUCAGCUGGCCCUAUCGGAGAUGAUUUGUUCCACUGGCAAGCAACCAUCAUGGGUCCUUCGGACUCACCAUACUCUGGAGGUGUCUUCUUCUUAGCGAUCCAUUUCCCAACAGACUACCCAUUCAAGCCACCGAAGGUCAACUUCACCACCAGAAUUUAUCACCCAAAUAUCAACUCCAACGGAUCCAUCUGUCUCGAUAUCUUGCGUGACCAGUGGUCCCCAGCCUUGACUAUUUCUAAAGUCCUCCUCUCUAUCUGCUCCAUGCUUACAGAUCCCAACCCUGAUGACCCUCUCGUGCCCGAAAUUGCCCACGUCUACAAGACCGAUCGCUCCAGAUAUGAAUCGACUGCUAGAGAAUGGACCCGAAAGUACGCUAUCUAA